AUGAAGUUCCUCGCGGCGAUUACAGCCUUUGGGCUCAUUUCCACCGCCUGGGCUCAAACAGCCGUUGACACUAUCUCAACUGUCGCCGCUAAUCUUGAAGAGACCCUUCCAGAGUACAAAGCCGCUAUCAACGAGGAAGCGCUCAAAGUCAAUCUGACCGCAGUCGGCACAAUCUUAACCACCGCCAAGACCCAGAUCGAGAUUGCCAGUAUCAACACGCUCGCAGCGAAUACCCAGACUAUCGCCAGCGCCCUCCAAAGCAUGAUUGCGACUCUUGACGUUACCGACAGUCUGGGUGGCAACGCCUAG